AUGCCAUCCGGAAGUGCUGGGCAAGUCUCGUCUUUGGGUCGUCAUUUCAACCCUCGCAACCUCAGAAAUGCGACACUGAUCUUACCACGGACUGGAGAACGCGUUAGACGCGCCUUCUCGUUGCCGACCUUGGGAGACGAUGUCCGCGACGAAGCUGGCUCGCCACAAGAGCGCGAAGGCUUGUUAAGUACGGAUGGCGACGUGCAAUCACAGCCAGCUCAUGAGCAAAACGCUACACUGAAACCUUUCUUCCGCUGGCGGGACAAAUGUGUUGAUUUCUGGGCUUCCAAUCUGGGUCAAGGUAUCUUCAAAUGCUCGAUAGCCUAUCUUCUAGGAUCCCUGGCUACGUUUCUUCCCUUCGUCUCGGUCUUCCUCGGAAAGCAGGAUGGUAAACAUGUCGUCGCGACUGUCACGGUGUACUUUCACCCUUUCAGAACAGUGGGCAGCAUGAUUGAAGCCGUAGGCAUUGCUUUGAUCGCCUUUGUAUACGCGGCAUUCGUGUCCUUCACCAGUAUGGCUAUAAGCAUGGCUCUCGGCAAGCGCGAUCUUUUGGUUCUUGGCCAUGCCAUCGUCCUAGUGGUUUUCUGUGCUGGAGGACUGGGCUUCAUAGGCUGGCUCAAGCAGCGACUCGGUCAUCCGACCGUCAACGUUGGGUGCAGUCUCGCCUCGUUGGCCAUCAUCACCAUCCUGACCAAGGAGGGAUCUAUUCAAGCUGCUAAGUUUUCGGAAGACAAGGUAUUCCAAGUCUUACGUAUGGUUUUGCUCGGCAUGGCAGCCACUACAGCAGUCAAUCUACUAAUCAAACCCCGAUACGCCAAAAGAGAACUGCAUCGCGACUUUGUCAAGACCACGGAUUCACUGGGAGACAAGCUUACUGCCAUCACAAGAGCAUUCUUGACCGGUUCAGAAACGGAGAUGCAGAGUGCUGCCUAUAAGCAAGUCGACAAAGACUGCAAAGCCAAUGAAACUUCUAUGAAGAAGAAUUUGAUCGAAGCCAAAUAUGAACACUACGUACUGGGCAGAGAGAAGGAAUACCGCAUCGAGGUCAAGCUUGUGAAAUGUCUCCAAGGGCUAUCUCAGAGUAUCGGUGGCCUCUACAGUGCAGCAAAUACCCAGUUCGCGCUCAUCAAGUCUUCACCCUACAUUAAUCGAUCGGACUCGGCAAUGGCAUCCAAGUCAUCCCUCUUUGGCACUUCGCAACUUGUGAGCGAACCGGUCGAGGUCGGAGGAUCUUUGACACCAAUCAGUGAGAUUCCGGAAUCGCCACCUGUUCAGCCGAUUCCAUUCAGUCCUGUGGCUUCAAGCUUCGUCAGCAACAAUGGGGAUCGUAGGCCUUCUUUGUCACCAUCUGAUAUGUUUACGACUUUCAUCACACAACUGGGGCCACCGAUGAAGUCGCUUGCCUGGACUCUCAAGUCAAUCUUGGACGAACUGCCGUUUCAACCAGGGACCGACGAUGUAAUUGCUGUUAAUGUCAACUUUAGGUCAAGUCUGGCUCAGGCCAUCGAGCUGUUCAACCAUGCAAGAAAGGAAGCCUUGUCUACAUUGUACCGCAACAAGGAGAUCUCGAAUGCCAAAUCCCUGGAGCGUGUUGCUGAUUUGGAAGAAGUCGCUGCUAGUUGUGGACACUAUGCUGCAGCUAUGAUCGACUUUGCCGAGGAUACGCUAAAAUACCUCGAAAUUCUGGAAGAGCUUAAAGAAGAAGUAGAGCAAGAGGAUCGCAAACAUUCUUGGAACUGGCUCGCCUUCUGGAAGAGGAAUGGACAGGACAAGACGGCGGCUGCAGAAGCUGGUCUAUUGCUAGUUCACGAAACCGACGAAGCAUUGACGACCGAUAUUGUCAAACCGAUUCUUCAAGCAGACAAUUUUGCCAGAGCUGGACAUAACGUCAAGGAACCGUUCAGCCAUCAGAUAUACCGCAUGUUCAAAUUCAUUCGCCGCGAUGAUAUUCGUUUUGCGAUCAAGGUUGGCGUAGGCGCAGCACUGUUUGCUCUACCAUCGUUCAUGGUCUGGUCAAGACCCUUUUAUCAACACUGGCGCGGCGAGUGGGGUCUUGUUUCCUAUAUGGUUGUAUGCUCCAUGACGAUCGGAGCCUCCAACACAACAGGCAUUGAACGUUUCAUUGGUACAGCCAUGGGUGCCGUGCUCGCGAUCCUCGCUUGGAUCGUCUCGGACGACAGCCCUUGGCUUCUCGGUUUCUUCGGUUGGCUGAUGUCACUUGGCUGUUUCUAUAUCAUCCUAGCCCAGGGCAAAGGACCCAUGGGACGCUUCAUUCUGCUCACAUACAAUCUGUCCGCUCUGUACGCAUACUCGCUAUCUGCAAAAGACAACGACGAUGACGACGAUGAAGGCGGCAUCAACCCUGAAAUUUGGGAGAUUGUACUCCACCGUUUCGUGGCGGUUGUCGCAGGUUGCCUCUGGGGCAUCUUUGUGACCAGAGUAAUCUGGCCCAUCUCUGCCCGUCGCAAGCUCAAGAAUGGCAUCUGCUUGCUUUGGCUGCGCAUGUCGUUGAUCUGGCGCAGAGAUCCAUUGGCCAUGUUCCUCCUUGGCGAGCCUGCAUCAGCAUAUAUGGACAUUCGUGAAGAAUCUGAAUUACAGACAUUCCUCGCACAACUGGAAGCACUUCGCAAAGCCGCAGCGUCCGAAUUCGAGUUCCGAGCUCCUUUCCCCGACAAGGUGUUUGGUAAGAUUCUGGAAAGGACAAAACGCAUGUUGGACAAUUUUCACGCCAUGAACAUGGUGAUAGCCAAGGAUCUCAAGGCCAGUCCUGGAGAAGCAGAGGUGCUUAGGUACACGAGAGCGGAGAGAUUUGCCCUGUCGGCGAGAAUCAGCCAUUUGUUCUCUGUGCUGGCUAGUUCGGUCAAGCUGGAGUAUCCGCUUAACGAUGUGUUACCCAACAUUGAUCAUACGAGGGAUAGGCUGCUGGCGAAGAUCUUCGAGUUUAGGAGGGACAGUGACAAGGCUUCUCUUGCUACCGAGGAGGACUAUGAGCUGCUUUAUGCUUAUGCACUUGUUACUGGAUCGCUAGCGCAGGAAAUCAUGGGUGUUAGUGCGGAUCUGGAAGAAUUGUUUGGAAAGUUGAACGAGGAUAACCUGGCUCUGUACUAG